AUGAAGAGUGGAAACAAAACUUCUCCAAGACAACGUCUUCAAAGUAGUGGUUUUCGUAAUUCUCCUAAAACAACUGGACCAGUUUUCUUGCAAGAAAAUCUUGGAAAGUUGCCAGAAUCAAGACCGACUGAAAAUAUACAAAGAAAAAACGAGCACAGGGUUGAUAUCCAAGAUGAGCAAUCUGAAUUGUUAGAAUAUGAAGUAGUCUCUGGUAAGCUCAUCUUAGAUUCAAGAAACUCAGACUGUUGCUGCCCUAUACCACUACCUUAUUUCAUGAAAGCUGCAAACCAGGAUGGUGUUGAAGCUAACCUAACAAGAAAAGAACUGGCAUGGGGUUCUGAUAUACUUCAAUUAGAUGAUGUGGUCUCAGUUUCUUAUAGUUCGGGCCAGACACACUUUACCGUGCAUACAUACCUUGUGAAAAGGCGUUUUUGUUGCUGGAGGAAUACAAGAAUUCGGACUGAUUUUUGUUUCUUGGCUUCUAGCCCUGAAGAGGCUUAUAUGUGGGUCAGUGGAUUUGCUUUUCAUGAUUGUUUUCUGAAUAGAGUUGCAGUUACUUCGAAUUCUCCUCCUAUGCCCAAUAUCAAAUGUAAAAGUCCACUCAAGUUGCUAGUGAUAUUAAAUCCGAGGUCUGGAAAUGGUCAUUCAAGUAAAGUUUUUCAUGAUACUGUUGAACCAAUAUUUAAGCUUGCAGGCUUUCAGUUGAGAGUGGUGAAAACAGAAUCUGCUGGGCACGCAAAGAAUCUUGUGGCCACUAUUGAUUUCAACACAUGCCCAGAUGGAAUUAUAUGUAUUGGCGGUGAUGGUAUUGUUAAUGAGGUCUUGAAUGGGCUGCUUAUCAGGAAGGACCAGAAAGAAGCACUUUCCAUUCCAAUGGGAAUCAUACCAGCGGGUUCAGAUAAUUCUUUAGUUUGGACUGUUCUAGGAGAGAAUGAUCCAGCAUCAGCUGCAGUUGCAAUAGUAAAGGGUGGGCUUGUUGCAACUGAUGUUCUUGUAGUUGAAUGGGUUCAAAGCGGACUUAUUCAGUUUGGAAUGACGGUUUCAUACUUCGGGUUUGUUAGCGAUGCGCUAGAACUGUCUGAAAAGUAUCAGAAGCAUUUGGGUCCUCUACGUUAUAUAGUUGCUGGGAUUCAAAAAUUCCUUUGCUUGCCUAAAUACAAUUUCGAAGUUGAAUACCUUCCCAUAAAAACGGAUCAACACGAAAAUGUUUCAGCUGAUCAUCGGGAACUAGAGAAUCUGCGGACAAUUCCUAGGACGUCUACUGAAACGACAAUGAUUCCUCCGACCGUGGGGGAUGAACCAUCGGAUUAUGAUCCAAAAUCCAAAUGUUGUUCUUCUUCUUCUUCGUCAGGUGGUGGGAGGAAGAGAAAUGUUUGGGAAGAAGCGGAAGUUAUCCAUCCUCAAACGCCACGUUCGGCAAAAGCACGUAGUUGGUUAAAGGCGGGCAAAGGAACGGAUAAUAAAGGAGAGUCAUCGGUAUCGAAUCGGUCAGAUCCAGGUCCAGUAUGGGAAAACCAACAACAACCUACACGGGACUUGGAAGCAAAUUGGAACAAAAAUGAUCAAAAUCCAAUCGAUUUGCCUCCUACAUUUGAAAUUGUUGAAUGUGAAGAUGAUGAAACGAGAGAAGGAGACGUGGGUCGAAGACUUAUGCAGCAGCAGCAGCAGCAGCAGGAGGAGGAGGAGAAUUGGAUGAGGGCUAGAGGUGAAUUUCUGGGAAUCUUGAUCUGUAACCACUCGUGCAAAACUGUACAGAGUGGAUCUCAAAUGGUGGCUCCUCAUGCUAAACAUGACGAUAAAUGCUUGGAUUUAAUGAUGAUUAGAGGAAGUGGACGUUUCAGGCUCUUGAGAUUCUUCAUACUAAUGCAUUUGGGUCGACAUCUUUCCCUUCCAUAUGUUGAAUAUGUCAAGGUGCAAUCUGUGAAGCUUAAACAGGCAAAUAACACCAAAACGGGAUGUGGUAUAGAUGGUGAACUGGUUCCUGUUAAUGGGCAAGUUGUGACUUCUUUAUAUCAUGCUCAAUGCUUGCUUAUAGGUCGGCACCCAAAUAGUUAGAGAAAACCAUCUUAUUAAUUUUUCCUUAACUCCAUUAAUGGUUGAUUGAUUCAUAAUACUUAAUUUUUGUACUACUUGAUGUGGGCAUUAAUAGAAUAAGCCUGCACCUGCUAAUUGAUUUUGAGUUUAA